AUGUCAAAAAGUAUCACCGCGAAUCUCCAUUCGACCGACACUCAGUACAAGUAUCUAUCGACGCCGAUAGAAAGAAGCGAUAUGACAUACUCUCCAGUCCUUGAGACCAGCCGCAUCUUCUCUGAGCUGUGCGAGCAGUCAGAACGCUUCGACUUACCACCAGAGGUCCUCGCAAACAAGGACCGCGUCUCAUUCUCUACCAGUCAUAAUGAAAUCUAUUUUCCCAUUCCCUUUAAAGAGACUGAAACUCUCGCCGCACUGAAGGGUAUCGAAGGUUCUGUAGCCGCCGCCAUUGCCGAUUUGCGCUUUGGUGCUGGUGCGGAACCUCGGGGCAUUCAAGUCAACCUCGAAGCUGCCACUGCAUUCGGAUGUCAAGCGUACAUGGCCAAGGUGGAUGGUCUGUCAAAGUUGGAUCCCGCUGUGAAAUCAAAGCUGAAGAAUACGGAUUUGCUGGCUGCCCAAUCCAACGGCUACCGGCGUAUGUCGGCAAAUCUCUACAAGACUAAGAACCCAGAUGAAUACUUCCAUAUUCAUGGCUCGCUAGAGGCUACAACAACCUUAAACAUGAUAGGACUUGAGGGUCAACGACCAGACUUGACUGACUAUGAAGAAAUCAUCAAGGUCAUCGAGAAUAAGGUACAGCAAUACACAGCUGCGGAGCUUGAAGAAAUGAACAAGGAGAGACGUCAGGCUGGUGUGACCGCUUACAAACAUGAGGAAUUCAUUAAAACUCCCCACGGAAAACUUAACGUCGAAGAGCCUGCAUGGAAAGUCAGCAAACUACCUGGUGACCUUCCUCCAACUCCUUUCCCGGCUGUACGUGACGGCAGCAAGAAAAUUCUCGAGGGAAUUAAGGUGCUAGAGAUGUGCCGUAUCAUCGCAGGCCCAACUGUUACCCGCAUUCUAGCCGAGUAUGGUGCCGAUGUAUUGAAGAUUACCAGCCCAAACCUUUCUGACGUGCCGUUCUUUCAAGUCGAUGGUAACAUGGGCAAGCUUGCAGCAGAUCUUGAUUUAAAGAGCGAGGCUGGACGAGAGCACUUUGAGAAGCUCCUGGAUGAUGUGGAUGUUAUCGUGGAUGGCUACCGUCCCGGAGCACUGGAUAAGCUUGGAUAUGGAGCAGAAGCCAUGGCUGAGUUGGCCAAGAAGCGCGGCAAAGGCAUCGUUUACGUGAAUGAGAACUGCUUUGGAUACGAAGGCGAGUGGGCGGGCCGCGCUGGAUGGCAGCAGAUUGCAGACUGCGUUACUGGAAUUGCCUGGGCCCAAGGCCAGUUCAUGGGCCUCUCAACACCCGUUGUACCUCCCUUCCCCAUCUCCGACUACGGCACCGGCUGCAUGGGCGCCAUCGCCGCGCUGACUGGUCUCUACCACCGCGCGAAGAACGGCGGCUCAUACCACGGCAAAGCCUCACUGAUGCACUACGACCUUCUUCUCUUUGCAAUGGGUCAAUAUCCCGCUGAUGUGCAGAAAGAGCUUCGUGAUGUGCAGCCGCCGGAGUUCUUCAAGUUGCGUCACUGCGACAGCGUUGACCGUAUCUCGUCGACUGUGCUGAAGGGUAUGAAAGAGCGGUUCCCGCACUUGUACAUGCCUGCCGGUUCUGAGUCGGAAGGCUGCAAGCCAUUGACCGAACUAUGGUCAUCACGCGCAUAUGGUGCGGAUAUCGAGAUUGUGAAGCCAGUCGCGGUUAUUGGCGGUGUGGAUAACCAAUUCGUGCGGUCCAGUCGUCCGAAUGGAUUUGAUCGGGCAGCCUGGGAGGAGUUUAGGGUUGAGGAGACCGAUGCGAAGAAAUCUGGCCCAUCGAAUAUGGGUCAGCCGGUGGAUGUCGAGCAGGAGAGAAUCCGAGAUCUAUCCAAGUUUGUUGUUCCCCGCCUUGCGAUUGUGAUCUCCACUCACGCAUUCCCCGAUCUCAACAGAUAUUACUGUACAUUUGAUCCAGUCUCGAGAAUUUCAGACCCCGAAAUACGUGAGGAACAGGACACAGCCUCUCCUCGUCUUUCAAACGAUACCACAUUGACCGCGUUGACACAACUGGGGGUCUAUCGAUUUGGCUGCAAUCGGUCUUUUGUUUCAAUCAUCGACGGAGAAAGUCAGCACAUCAUUUCAGAGGCAACCGCCUCGAUCUCUCUUCGAAACAAAGAUCUUCAUCGCCCAGAUGAUGGCAUCUUCUUGGGUGUCAGUACACUUGACCUGGAAUGGGGAGUGUGUCCCCACGCCAUUCGGCUUUUCACUGGACAAGAUCCUUCCCGGAUACUAGACACGGAGAACAUAACGGCCAACCAAACUCGCAACAUCAUUCGCGAUUUUACCAAGGAUGAUUUCUACAAAGAUCGUCCUUAUGUCCUUGGCUGGCCAUUUUUUCGAUUCUACGCCGAGGUGCCAUUGUACAGCCCUUCCGGGUUCGUACUAGGCUCAUAUUGUGUGGUGGACAACAAGCCACGAACAAACUUUGGAGACGAAGAUGUGGCUGCUCUUCGGGAGAUUGCCGACUCGAUUUCAAACCACCUUGAAAAUGCGCGGAUCGUUCAAUAUCAUCGUCGUUCGGAGAACUUGGUCAAAGGGUUGACAAACUUCGUCAAAAGCCGUGCAAAAUUUGACCCCAUUGCUUCCUCCACUCAAGGUCAAAUUGAAGCUUCUGCAAAGAAGCUCAAUACUGAAGAUUUGAGAGUAAUAGCCACCCCAGGCGAUGUAGGUGGAACGCUCGAUCCUUUGCCCACGGCAAAGGAUAUUGAUGUUUAUUCACCCAUUGAUCAAAAUUCGUCCACAAGUCUUCAUGGAAAGGAGUCGUCUAUUUUUUCUCGAAGCACACCUUCCGCGUCAAACUACACGCUGCCAUCGUCGAUUUCUCGAACCUCAGACCGAGCUGACCCUCUUUCCUCUUCCGUAGAGGGACCCCCGGAAUCAUCAGCGCUAGACAAUGUGCCUAUCACUGAACGCAUAGCUGCGAUCUUUUCCCGUGCUAGUCUUCUACUGAAAGAUUCUCUGGAUCUAGACGGUGUGGUCUUUCUUGAUGCCCAUCGAAAUGACCCACACUUCGAACCUUCUGAACGGCAGGAUGAUUGGGAUGACAUCAAAAAUCUUGAGACAGGUUCCCCAGCUGCUUCUGGCUCUGGCCCCUUGGGUCUUCCUAAUUUCAAUCACGGCAAGAACGAGGAAAAUUAUUGUGGCUCCUUGGGCCAGGCUAUAAGCUACAGGCCAGCUAAGAGCAACACUGACUUAAGCCACGUCCGAGUGAAAGAAGAGUUACUGCAUUCGUUGAUCACGCACUUUCCAGAUGGCCAUAUCUUCAACUUAGACAACACAAGUAGCUUGGACAGCUCCGUGGACUUUGAAAGCAGCAAUCCUGACAUUUCUGCUCCUAAUCUUGAAAUCAUUCAGCAGAUAUCUCAUAGUCUUGCACAUCAGCUCCCUGAAGCAAAAUGUGUACUUUUCUAUCCUCUGUGGGAUUGGAACAAAGCCCGAUGGCUUGCAGGCACGCUGGUUUGGGUAAACGGAAGCCGUCGUCCGUUGGGCACAGAAGAACUGCACUACUUCAAAGCGUUUGGAGAUUCGAUGAUUUCCGAAGUAUCUCGAAUACACUGGACUGCCAGUGAAAACUCGAAAUUCGACUUCGUGACUUCUAUAAGUCAUGAGCUUCGCUCCCCACUACACGGGAUUCUCGCGAGUGCGGAGUUGCUACAUGAUAUUCCACUUCAGACUGCGCAGCGUGAUAUGGUUAAAAUGAUCUCAACGUCCGGACUGACCUUGUUGGACACGAUAGAUCACCUGCUGGAAUACUGCAAAAUCAACAACUUGGCAAACACGCAAGGUCUCAGCGUGGCAAACACUGAAGAUUUCGGAUCAACCCUUGUCUCUGACUUCAACCUUGCUUCCUUGGUUGAACAGGUCGCUGUGAUACUCCACACUGGCCGGAAAGCACCUGGGCCGGCAUCGUCUCUUGCAAGUGAAAUCCCUCUUACUACUCCUUCCCCUCAAACCACAUCUCGUGUUGCUCAAAGCGAGGGUGAAUUGUCAGUGAUAGUGAACAUCGAACAAUCCAGUUCUUGGAACAUCCGAUCAGUCGCUGGUGCCUGGAGGAGAAUAGUCAUGAAUCUCCUUGGUAACGCAAUGAAGUGGACGCAGACUGGCCUUAUCGAGGUAUCAGUAUCACAAGCUGCAGCUCAAACCCAAGAAGAACCUCAUCUUAUCCUUCUUCGCGUUACAGACACGGGCCAAGGAAUUUCUCAAGACUUUCUCAAGAGCUCGGCAUUCUCUCCAUUUGCGCAGGAAGACGCCCUGUCGGAGGGCGUUGGGCUUGGACUCAGCGUCGUGCACAAACUAGUGAAUUUUCUGGGUGGUGAUAUCAAAAUGAAAAGCGAAAGCGGGGUUGGUACCCAGGUCGAUGUUUACGUUCCCAUGCAGCGCCCCAAGGAUUAUGUCCCUGUCAGGUUAUUCGACAAUUCUUCCUCGCUAGGAAUUCAAAGACGUGAAGAGGCUCUGAGGGCAUGCCUUAUUGGAUUCAACGGCUAUCCGGACUUGACGGAGACGCCCACUGGUAUUUUGAGCUCUGACGCGAAGCGAAAACUUUCUAUUCAAAGCACCCUUGCCAAUAUUUUUAGGGUACAACUGGGAUGGCAUAUCGCACUGGCAGAGUCACUUGAUAAAGGAGAGGGUGACAUCGCGGUUAUCGAGGAGGCCAAAUUCACUCCUAUGUUGAAUGACCAAUCACCCUCCACUAUCACUGCUGGCCAUCAUUUUAGAUUCUUCAUUGUCUUGGGCAGCACGAAAUCCUCGCUAGGCUACUCUCUUCCUAUGAAUGCCAUCCUGAUGUCACAGCCGUGCGUCCAGAGCUUCCCCCCCCCCCCCCCUUUUCCGCAAAUGCUGGAGCUAACAUUCGAUGCAGAUAUGGACCUCAGAAAAUCUGUGAAACCGCCCAAAAAAUCAUGGAUCUGUGCAAUUCCCAACCCCAGAUCGGCGGCUUAG